AGUCAAUAACUUCUCCAGCUUCAUUCGCAUCGUGUCUAUCUUCCCAGCUUUUCCUCUCCAUUGCAACCUGUCUAUCCUUCCGCCAUCCUCGCCCUUCAUUCCCCAUCAUCGCAGCGAUUCAGAGUCGGUGACACGGCUUGAGCCUGGGACUUUCCAUACGCUUUUCUAAUUCAUAUAUCAUCACAAUGCAGCGAGCUUUCGCAUCCAAGGCGCGGUCAUCGAUCGUCAACUCGAGCUCUAAGCUCAGGACGACGAGCUUUAACCUCCAGCAGCAGAGGUUUGCGCAUAAGGAGUUGAAGUUUGGUGUUGAAGGCCGCCAGGCGCUGCUUCAGGGCGUUGAGACGUUGGCGAAGGCUGUCACAACCACAUUGGGCCCCAAGGGACGAAACGUCCUGAUUGAGUCCAGCUACGGCUCGCCCAAGAUCACCAAGGAUGGUGUCACCGUCGCCAAAGCCAUCACAUUGAAGGACAAGUUCGAGAAUCUCGGUGCGCGCCUCCUCCAGGAUGUUGCGUCCAAGACGAAUGAGGCGGCCGGUGACGGUACAACUACUGCUACCGUUCUCGCUCGCGCUAUCUUCUCCGAGACCGUCAAGAACGUCGCUGCGGGUUGCAACCCUAUGGACCUCAGGCGGGGAACCCAGGCCGCCGUUGAUGCCGUUGUAGAGUAUCUUAAGGGCCAGACAAAGAUGGUCACCAGCAGCGAGGAGAUAUCACAGGUUGCGACCAUCUCUGCCAACGGUGAUACACGCAUUGGCAAACUUCUUUCCAGCGCUAUGGAGAAGGUUGGAAAGGAGGGCGUUAUCACGGUGAAGGAGGGCAAGACUCUGGAGGAUGAACUUGAGGUCACGGAGGGCAUGAAGUUCGACCGCGGAUACAUCUCUCCCUACUUCAUCACCGAUACCAAGGCGCAGAAGGUUGAGUUCGAGAAGCCGUUGCUUCUCCUUUCUGAGCGCAAGAUCUCCGCCGUCCAGGAUAUCAUCCCCGCACUUGAGGCAUCCCAGCAGCUGCGCCGCCCCUUGGUCAUCAUUGCCGAGGACAUCGACGGCGAGGCGCUGGCUGUCUGCAUCCUUAACAAGCUCCGUGGCCAGCUACAGGUCGCGGCCGUUAAGGCUCCCGGGUUCGGCGACAACAGGAAGUCGAUCCUUGGCGAUAUUGCCGUUCUAACCAACGGUACCGUUUUCAGCGAUGAGCUUGACAUCAAGCUCGAGAAGGCUACUCCGGAUAUGCUCGGUUCUACUGGAUCCAUUACCAUCACCAAGGAGGACACCGUCAUUCUCAAUGGAGAGGGAAGCAAGGAUGCUGUCGCCCAGCGCUGCGAGCAGAUUCGUGGAGUCAUGAAUGACCCCGCUACUUCUGAGUACGAGAAGGAGAAGCUCCAAGAGCGUCUUGCCAAGCUCUCUGGCGGUGUUGCCGUCAUCAAGGUUGGAGGCGCCUCUGAGGUUGAGGUCGGUGAGAAGAAGGACCGGAUUGUCGAUGCGCUCAAUGCCACCCGUGCAGCUGUUGAAGAGGGUAUUCUCCCCGGAGGUGGAACUGCCCUCCUGAAGGCGUCCGCCAACGCCCUCAACAACCUGAAGCCUGCCAACUUCGAUCAACAGCUCGGUGUCGCCAUCGUUAAGAAUGCCAUUACCCGCCCGGCCAGGACCAUCGUCGAGAACGCUGGCGCUGAGGGCUCCGUCAUCGUUGGCAAGCUCACCGAUGAGUUCGCCAACGACUUCAACAAGGGUUAUGACAGCUCCAAGGGCGAGUACGUUGACAUGAUCUCCGCCGGUAUCCUGGAUCCCUUCAAGGUCGUUCGGACCGCUCUUGUCGAUGCCAGCGGUGUCGCGUCUCUUCUGGGUACCACCGAGGUCGCGAUAGUCGAGGCUCCUGAGGAGAAGGGCCCGCCUGCCAUGGGCGGCAUGGGCGGUAUGGGUGGAAUGGGAGGCAUGGGCUUCUAAACGGGGAGCACAUGACGGCCUAAGACUAACCUUCUGAUUUCGUCCCAUUCUACUAUACCCUCUUUUAGUACUCGAGGCUACUCCCAGCGCUGGUGUACAUGGUAUUGGCUGGUUGGCACUCCACUCCCCUUCUGUCCUGUCUUCCUAAUCACUUGAAAAGCGCGCAUUGCUUGGCUGUUUUGGCUAAUCUGUACAAUAUCGAUGUAUAUGUAGCACUGGGAACGGCGGAUUGUAGGAGUAGACAGGAAAUUUAGAAGACUUUUAACGUUCAACUGUUGUAAAUAGGGCGCAAAUCGAGCUGGGUGAUAAAGGAAUACAGAUGGUCGAAGUGAG